AUCCAAACAUAGCCAAACAUAUCCUCCAAGUCUUCAAUGGCGAAGGUGGAGCCAACGAGGCAAUGAUUCCAGAAAAUGAUUGGGAAAACUCCAUUACCAAACCAUAUAACACCAGCUAAACCGAACUGCUGUUUAAACUGUUAGGAACCCGCAGUGCCUCAACAGUGAUGGAAUGCAGAAGCAAAAGCCGGAAGCACCUAACCAAUGCCUUCAUCAAUAGUGAAGGGAAGAAGGAGCAUGACAUCGACACUCACACUAACAUCUCUAUUCCUCACACAUUCCCUCUCUCAAACCCAUAAAACCGCCACCAUCCACACCCUCUCUCCCUCUUCUCUCCGCCACCGCAACCCCCUCUUUCAAUUCUUCUCCGGUAUUCUCAGGCCUUCAAGGAUUCGACCAAUUUCGACUGCGAAAGCUGCUUCGGUUCAAACCAUGGCGAGCGUCGUCGAUUCUGACUCUGUGACUUACCUCGCGCAGCGAGAAGCUGCUGAGAUUGAUGAAACUCUCAUGGGUCCUCUUGGCUUCAGUGUCGAUCAGCUUAUGGAACUGGCUGGUUUGAGUGUCGCUACCUCCAUUUCUGAGGUUUACAAACCAAGUGAGUAUAGUCGUGUUCUUACUAUCUGUGGUCCUGGUAACAAUGGUGGUGAUGGUCUUGUUGCUGCCCGGCAUCUUCAUCACUUUGGUUAUAAGCCCUUGGUCUGUUACCCGAAGCGUACCCCGAAGCCUCUUUAUGCUGGGUUAGUUACUCAGCUUGAAGCGCUUUCAAUCCCGUUCUUGGCAGUGGAAGAUCUACCGUCUGAUUUAUCAAAUGACUUUGACAUUCUGGUGGAUGCGAUGUUUGGAUUCUCAUUUCAUGGUUCUCCGAGGCCUCCUUUUGAUGAUUUGAUCCAAAGACUGGUUUCUCUAAAUAAUUAUAAUCAAAAUGGCCAAAAAAAACCAGUUAUAGUCUCUAUAGAUAUUCCCUCUGGGUGGCAUGUUGAAGAGGGAGAUGUUGAUGGUACAGGAAUUAAACCGGAUAUGUUGGUUUCUCUGACAGCCCCAAAAUCAUGCGCGAAGAAGUUUGGUGGUCCUCACCACUUUCUAGGAGGUAGAUUUGUGCCUCCUGCUAUUGCAGAAAAGUAUAAGCUUAUACUUCCACCAUAUCCUGGAACAUCCAUGUGUGUCCGAAUCGGAAAGCCUCCUCAGAUUGAUAUUUCAGCUCUAAGAGAGAACUAUAUCUCCCCAGAAUUUCUUGAAGAGGAGGUGGAGGCAGAUCCCAUUAAUCAGUUUCGUAAGUGGUUUGAUGAUGCGGUAGUUGCUGGUUUGAAGGAACCGAAUGCUAUGUCCUUGUCAACUGUAGGGAAGGAUGGAAAACCCUCAUCACGAAUGGUAUUGCUAAAAGGCGUGGACAAGGAUGGAUUUGUGUGGUACACAAAUUAUGGAAGUCAAAAGGCACGUGAAUUAUCCGAAAAUCCACAUGCAGCACUUCUCUUUUACUGGGAUGGUUUAAACCGACAGGUACGAGUGGAAGGAUCCGUUGAGAAAGUCCCUGAAGAAGAAUCAGAACAGUAUUUCCAUAGCCGUCCUAGAGGAAGUCAGAUAGGAGCAAUAGUCAGCAAGCAGAGUUCUGUAGUGCCUGGUAGGCAUGUUCUUUAUGAGGAGUACAAAGAGCUGGAACAAAAAUUUGCUGAUGGAAGUUUGAUCCCGAAACCUAAGAGCUGGGGAGGAUACAGGCUAACUCCAAAACUUUUUGAAUUUUGGCAAGGACAGAAGUCUCGCUUGCAUGACAGGUGGUUGCUCCCCCGUUUAUGAUAGGUUGAGAUAUGUUCCCCAUGAGAUCAAUGGACAGCGACUGUGGAAGGUUGAGCGAUUGGCCCCCUGAUUUCUUCUUUUUCCUGUUUCAAUGUCUCAAAUGUGAAAAGAAUAAUGGAAAUUAACUUAUUUUUAUAGCUAGACAUAUAUUAUUUUUAUUGUGCUAUUUAUACUUAUAUAUAUAUACAUAUUAUAUUA